AUGUACCUCCGAGGGGCAGCACUCGUGCUGUUGCUCCUAUGCCUCGUCCAGCUGACCCUCUGCGCCGAGGACUAUUACAACCUCCUAGGCAUCAGCAAGACGGCCUCGGAUCGUGAGAUCAAAUCCGCCUACCGCAAACUGAGCAAGAAAUACCACCCCGACAAGAACCCAGGUGACGACAGCGCAAAAGACAAGUUUGUCGAAGUCUCAGAGGCCUACGAAGCUCUCAUCGACCCCGAAAGCCGCAAAAUCUACGACCAGUACGGCCACGAGGGCCUGAAGCAGCAGCAGCAGAACGGCGGCGGCCACCGCCACGACCCCUUUGACGUCUUCUCCCGCUUCUUCGGCGGUGGCGGCCACUUUGGCGGCCAUGGCCAGCGCCGCGGCCAGGACGUCAACGUCCGCAUCGGCAUCUCUAUCCGCGACUUUUACAACGGCAUCAACACCGAGUUCCAGUGGGACAAGCAGCACAUCUGCGAGGACUGCGACGGCACCGGCUCGUCGGACGGCAAAGUAGACACCUGCGGCGUCUGCGGCGGCCGCGGCGUGCGCAUCGUCAAGCAUCAGCUCGCUCCCGGCAUGUUCCAGCAGGUCCAGAUGCAGUGCGAUGCCUGCGGCGGCCGCGGCCAGGAGAUCAAGCACAAGUGCCACACGUGCGGCGGCGCGCGCGUCGUGAGGAAGCCCACGACGGUGCAGCUUACCGUCGCCCGCGGCGCGGGCCGCGACAGCCAGAUCGUCUACGAGAACGAGGCGGACGCGAGCCCGGAUUACGUCGCUGGAAACCUCAUCGUCACCCUCUCCGAAAAGGAGCCCGACCUGGCGCAGGACAACCCGGACCACGUGGACGGCAUCUUUUUCCGCCGCAAGGACAACGACCUGUACUGGACCGAGGUACUUUCGCUGCGCGAGGCGUGGAUGGGCGACUGGACGCGGAACCUGACGCACCUCGACGGCCACGUCGUGCGGCUGUCGCGCGAUCGGGGCGGCGUCGUGCAGCCGGGCCACAUCGAGACAGUCAAGGGCGAGGGUAUGCCAAUCUUCCACGAGGACGGCGACAGCGUGUACCACAAGACGGAGUUUGGCAACCUGUACGUCGACUAUGUCGUCGUGCUUCCCGACCAGAUGGAGUCGGGCAUGGAAAAGGAAUUUUGGAGCGUCUUCCAAAAGUGGCGGGGUAAGGUCGGCGUCGACUUGCAAAAGGACAGCGGGCGGCCAGAGAAGCCUGCGGUGCACGACGAAUUAUGA